ACUGAGAAGGAGGCAGAAUUAACAUCAUCGGCUUUUGGUGGUAUCGAUAGGGAUUCUUACCCACAUGCAGCUCUGCGCUGAUCAGGGCUGAGGUUCCUCCUUCCUCAUUGGGGCUGGCCCUUGAGAGCCAGACUGACCCUGAGCACAGACUCAAGCAGCACCAUGUACGAGCUCAAUGACAGCAGUUUUGAUCCUAUCACCUUCGUCCUGACAGGCAUCCCGGGCAUGGAGGAAUCCCACAUAUGGAUCUCUGUCCCCUUCUGCCUGAUGUACGUCACCGCCGUGUUUGUGAACUCUGUCCUCCUCUUUGUCAUCAUCACAGAGAGGAGCCUCCAUGAGCCCAUGUACCUCUUCCUGGCUAUGCUGGCUGUUGCUGACCUAAUGCUUUCGACCACAACGGUGCCCAAGAUGCUGGCGAUCUUCUGGUUCAGUGCCAGAGAAAUUUCCUUUGAUGCUUGCAUUACUCAGAUGUUCUUUACACAUUUCAGUUUUAUUGUGGAGUCAUCCGUCUUGCUGGCGAUGGCGUUCGAUCGGUACGUUGCUAUCUGCGAUCCCCUGAGAUACUCUUCAACAUUAACCCCCUCUGUGAUUGGGAAAAUCGCUGUGACUGCUGUCGUCAGGGCACUGUGCAUCAUGUUCCCACCCAUCUUUCUCCUGAAGCGGUUGCCGUACUGUGGACACAACAUCAUGCCCCACACCUACUGCGAGCACAUGGGCAUAGCCCGCUUGGCCUGUGCUGAUAUAAAAGCCAACUUCUGGUAUGGACUUACAACAGUUCUGCUCUCCACCGGCCUCGAUGUUGUGCUCAUUGCUGUCUCUUAUGCUCUGAUCCUGAGGGUGGUCUUCCGGCUCCCGUCCCCGGAGGCCCGUCUCAAAACACUGAGCACCUGCGGCUCCCACCUCUGUGUCAUCCUCAUGUUCUACAUGCCCGCAUUCUUCUCCUUUCUCACGCAUCGGUUUGGCCACCACAUCCCAGGCCACGUCCACAUCCUCCUGGCCAACCUCUAUGUCGUGGUCCCGCCGAUGCUCAACCCCAUCGUGUACGGGGUGAAAACGAGGCAGAUCCGGGAGCGAGUGGUCCGCCUCUUCUGCCCCGUGGGGCAGUGCCCCUGCUGGGGCCAGGGCAGCAGGUGCUGACAGGUGCUGCGUGGCCAGGGGGACGUGGGCCAGGAUCUGGAAAACAGUGCCAAGCACUGUAGCCCUUCUCGCCCUGGAGAAACAGGCUUGCCCAGCAAGCUCAAGAGAAGCCAAAGGUGAGAGGGUUUCUGGAAAUAUGGGCUUGGAUCAUCAGCCCCUUCGUUGCUACAGGUUUCUCCUAGAGAUGCUUCCCCUGAACUCUCCAUCUAGCAGAGACUGGGGCAGAGAAUUCAGAUGAGGAUUAAAAAGACCCUUGUGCCUGCUGAUUUACUGUCAUCUACAGGUGCUGUUUUGAUUUGCUCUCCUACAGCUUCUUUUCUUUUUGUGCUUUUGUCUACUAUCUCAGUGCCUAGACCGAACACCUGGUCAGACACCAGAGCAGAGCCUGGUACACCAGCUGCAGCUGGAUGGACCAAGUGCUGUUUACUAUGGCACAGCCAAUAAUUUAUCUUCCUGCCUUCAUACGUAUAGCUUGCAUUACUGAAGGACCUCAGAACCUCUUGCUGUUCAAUGUGUUUACAUGCUGAAGAGCCCUAUGAGAUUGGGAAAGGCUUCAUUGUCGUUUGUUUAAGGGAAGUAUAUCCCUUAAAACAGGAUGUCCAAAGCUGAACUAAAAACUCUAGUGCUGAGUACAAAGGGGCAAUGAUCUCCUAUGGCCUACGCAUCCCACAGGGAAAUUUUCUCUUUUGCAGAAAAUAUUGCACUGCUGAGCAGUGCUCAGUGUGAGGCACAUUACACCUCAAGAUCCUUUUCAGACCAUACUUCUGCCUCAUCAAUUACCCACCCCUUUGUUGUCAUACAUUUGAUUUCUCCUUCAGCAUGAAAAUAGUUUUAUUGAACUUUUUCUUGUUCCUCACAUUAGUGUAUGCACCAAGUGCAUCAGUAAUAUCAUAUUCUACCUAAUUUCAAUGGCAAUCUGUCUCAGACAGUUGUGAAAAGCAGUGCAAAUAUGAAGAAUGAGUGCUAGAUCUUGCAAAAGGAGCAACAUGCCAGUUCUGGGUAUCUGCAUACAGCCUGAGUUUAAUUUCAUCAUCUAUCUGACCAGCAAGAAGAGCUCUUUUCCUUACCUCUCCCUUUCCCAGCAGAGACAGCAAUGCUGGCUGUCAGACAGAAUAGCUCAUCUGCUGCCUCCACUUCAGUGCAUCUCACACCAUGAGUGACAAUGUCAGAAAGAGGAGAGACCCUCCUCUCCAUAGAGUGUGCACCAGCACUGCUGAAAUCUCCCAAGCAACAAUAAAGACCCACAGGGCGAAGUGAGUGAAAGCAGCACUGGACACCUCAAGGAGAAGCUUGCCAGAAUUUCAAGUCUCAUGUUGGAAAAAAAAAGCAUUGAAAGGUUAGGAUGCUCUGCCGCACUUUCAAGAUGGAUUUUUUUUUUCUCAUCAUUUUAGUAUGCAGGACCCUGGAGACACCAACACCAGCAGCCACAGUUCUGCCACGAAGUAGCCCUCUUGUUUCCAUGGCCUGUGAACAGCAGGAAUGGGCUGUUCCCACAUGGCUGGAGCUUCUCAUGACAAAGUCACAGCAACUCUCUGGUCUGCCCAGCUCGCAUCGCCAAAGCACAAAGCUCCUUCUCUCCACAGUGCUCUGGAGCGUUGGCCUGGUGGAUGGUAUGUGCUCAGACGGGACCGUUGUGUCAUCUCAUCCCCAUAGCAGA